AGUGAAGUUUUAGUUCCUAUUAGCUAAAGCAUACUUCAGUACCUACCUACAUAGAAUUGAAUAAAUUAGGGAAACCUCGCUUAUAUGAGCCUGUUUUUGCUCACCUUAGCUUGGGUGGGUAGUUGAUCGAUCGGUUGCAGAAUGUACGUGUAGAGGGCUCCCCAGUAUCGAAAUUGUCAAGCUUCCAUCGCGAGCCCCUGUACUAUCAACGUCACUCAGAUACACAUCGGGCGCUUUCGGAAGCAAGGCCAGGCAGGAAAACCCACGUUCAGCAAGGGGACACUACCGCGCAAAUCCAACGUCUGCUCCACGGCACGCAGGAUCGAAAGCCACAAGAUGGGCCCAGGCAGGGACAAGGCUAGCAGUAAAACGUGGGAGCUGCCAACAAACACGACAACCAACACGCAGCAGCAACAUCAGCAGCAGAGCCGUUUUCUGUCCGCGCCAACUCGGGAUGAACAACAGGGCUGUGCUGUGAGCUGUGAGCUUUGUGGUUUGGGUACCAACCACGUCGACCUCGCUGCGUCGCGUUGUCAUUUGGCAUGCUUGGGGAUGACUGCGAAACCAGAAACAGGAUUUGGACGGAGAUGCCGUCGGGCGUGUAAGGCUGUGCUGCAUACUACAUUUCCCACUAUGUCGACGUGUCUCUCUCACUUAGGUGUCGUGUACAUGCAAGAGUACUUGGAAGACGGCCAUGGAAGCCCACACCCUUCCAACGUGUGUCCCAAAGACUCAUCCUCUGACGCAAGCCCGGCUAGUGACAAACAGAAUGCCAUGGCGCGAUGGCGAUUCGACUCAUGUUCAGUGUCGCAACUCAAAAAUACCCAAAACCCCAAACGACCCCCCUUGUUCCCGUGCAGUCCCGUGCCCGCAUGAAGUCAUGCCCCAGCCAGGGCCAUGAUGCCCCUGCAACCCUGCAAAUGAGCCUGAGAGGCCUUCCCCAUCCCGACCCAUGCCCCAUCUCGCGGGGCCGGCGUGGGGGGACGCGUCAAGG